AUGUCUGUGCCGGUAGAACAAGGCUAUGGUGGUGGUGAGGUUCCUUUAAUGGAAGCCACUGAGAGGAACAUUGGAUUGAACCUCAAAGCUACUGAACUGAGGCUUGGGUUGCCUGGCUCUGAAUCACCAGAGAGAGAAAAUGGUGGGUUGUCCAUGCUCAAGUGUUUGGUGUCUGGAGCUAAAAGGGGUUUCUCUGAUGCUAUAGAUGGAGGUUCUGGUUCUGGGAAAUGGGUUGUCUCUGGAAAUGGUGGAUCUGAAGUGGGGUUGUGUAAAGAUGGAAACUUGUUUUCUCCUAAAGGUAAAGUUUCUGGUGUUGGUGGUGAAUGUAACAAACAACAGAAUCUUUUCUCUGCAACAGUUGUUAAGGAAACUGUUCCUCACUCUCCUAAGACCUUGCAUGAGAAUAAACCACAUAUUUCUCCUCCUUCUGCUAAGGCGCAGGUUGUAGGAUGGCCACCAAUCCGAUCUUUCAGGAAGAACUCAAUGGUUUCUCCGCCUCAAAAGGAUGAUGCUGAUGCAGAAACUAAGUCUGAAUGCCUUUAUGUAAAAGUUAGCAUGGAAGGUGCUCCAUACUUGCGGAAAGUGGAUCUGAAUGGUUUUAGCUCUUACAGGGAACUUUCUUCCGCACUCGAAAAGAUGUUCAGUUGUUUUACAAUCAGUCAAUGCGGCUCGUACGGUGUUUCUUGUCAAGAAAAAACUUUAAGUGAGAGUAGAUUGGUGGAUCUUCUUCAUGGUUCAGAAUAUGUGCUAACCUAUGAAGACAAGGAUGGUGAUUGGAUGCUCGUCGGUGAUGUUCCAUGGGAGAUGUUCACCGAGUCUUGCAAGAGGCUGAGGAUAAUGAAGAGUUCUGAAGCAAUCGGGUUAGCACCUCGAGCUAUGGAAAAGUGCAAAAGUCGCAACUAG